AAAACAGUACGCGUUUCCCCGUUGUCGUGGCUGCAGCGACUUCUGGAAGACCGUUCGGGUGAUUUCUGAUGGAUGCUCGAGAGACAGAUCACGCUCCAGUGGGCCGCCAAGCACCUGCUCGACCAUCUAAUUAAUUGAAAUCUGCCAGACCAGUUUGUCAUCCGAUGUGCUGUUGCGUGCGUUCGCUGGUUAUUUAAGUGCAAGCCGUGGUUUCUGUAGCUCUGACAUCUAAAAGUCAAUUCUUUUAUAUUUGCUUUUUAUGAAACCCACCAGAACUGCUGGGUGCCAGCGAGAACAUAGUUGAGAUGCAGAAUUUGGAGGAGGAGGACUUUGCCGUUUCAAAGUCAUCAGAUGCUGAUGCAAAAUUUGACAUGGUGAUUGGGAACAUUGAAGAUAUUAUAAUGGAUUCACCCAACUACAAUAAUCGCUGUGGUCAAACUGAUGCAAUUUUCUUACCAGAGGAUGAAUUCCAACAUCUUCAGCAGUCUUUCAUGGAAAAAUAUUACCUCGAGUUUGAUGAGUCAGAGGAGAACAAGCUCAGCUAUACGCCUAUUUUUAAUGAAUAUAUUGAAAUACUAGAGAAGCACCUGGAACAACAGUUGAUAGAACGAAUUCCUGGUUUCAACAUGGAUGCCUUCACCCAUUCUCUUAAGCAGCACAAAGAUGAAGUCUCAGGUGACAUACUUGACAUGCUGCUAACCUUCACUGACUUUAUGGCCUUUAAAGAAAUGUUCACUGAUUACAGAGCAGAAAAGGAAGGUCGAGGAUUGGACCUUAGUACCGGGCUGGUGGUGAAGUCUUUAAACUCUGCUUCCUCUUCACCUUUGCACUCCAGCAUUGCCUCCCAAUCUAGCUGAACCAAUGAAAAUGGAUACCUUAUGUAAAUGAACAGUUAACAUGGAUGUUUUUACAUGUUUAAAAAGACCCACCUUAUAUGUUGUAAAUUCCUUUGACAAAUCCCAGAGGAAAAUGUUCACUGUUAUACCAAUUUGCCAGAAGGGAAUCCAAGUUUAAUUUAGGUUAAUGUUUAAACUUAACACUCUGGUAUGAGUCUUCUAAGAGUAUUCAUGUGCUCUGACAAGAAAUCCAGACUUUCUUAGGUGUCAGUCCUUCAUAUCUUGUUGGCCUACUGUGCAGCAAAACAUUAUUGCUGUUGCUGGCCACAUUGAUGUAGAAAGCUGUAGUGAAUAGAGAGCUCUGCCUAAAGUCUGCAAACCUUCCUCAGAUAAGUGUGCUCAAUGUGGCCAGUGUAUAUAAUUUCAUUGAAGAACCCCUUACUUUUCCCCACUCUAUUUUAUGCCUUUUAAUAUUACAAAAAUAAUUCCUUUCACUUGAUUAAUAAAAAGGGCUUUUGCAAUUAAAAUGUAAGCUCAUUAAGUAUUAUACAAUGUUCCUGGUAUGAUGACAAUUUCUAAAUUGUUUUAGAACCCUUCGAUCAUUGACAGGACUUGAGGAUUCCCCCGGUGAAACAUAGCAUUCAAAAAUAUACAAUUACUAGGCAUUAGAAGCAGCAUGGCACUGAUGACAGAUUUCCUACUGCUUUAAAAAAAAAAAAAAAAAAAAAAAAAAAGAAAAUUGCAAAUAAUGUCAUU